AACAUGUGAUCUAAUUAGUUAUAUUCGGGGUUAUUAGAAUGGUUAGAAAUAAUAAUUAGAAAAAAGGUCAACGCAAGCGUCAUGGCAACGGCGUCAUAGUAACGUACACAGAAACCUGACUUCCGGUCCGUGUCACGUCCAGUGCCGUUUCAUCUGCCGCUUCACUCAAAUUCACAAGGCUGCCGUUCCGAUCCUGCAUCAGGAAAUCAUGUUCGAGUUCUCUGUAGACUCACCUGCACCCCCUGCUGACCCGACUGCAGAAGCGCAGCUUGCUUUGGAGACCAAGUUAAAGUUAAACGCUAUUGCCGGCGUGAGAGGGAAGAAGGUGAUAUCUCCGGAAGCACAGCACAUCAUUAGCGUUCUGGACGAGUGCGUACGCAAGAUCGAGGUAUCGGCGUUCCUGCCGUGUGAACUCGUGCAUUCUGAGCGUGUCACUCAGGAGCUCAGAGACCCGGCGGUGGAGGCGCUCAGAGAGCACCUGAAACUGUGCAAGGAGUAUAGUACUCUGUGGGGCUCGAGGAAUGAAGAGACGAUGGAACUCGCCGUGAAGAACUCGCUGAGAAACUUCCUUCGCCACGUGAAGCCACACAAAGAGGUAGAGACGGUGAAAGCAGUGCUUCAAGAGGCGGGGCCAGUCAUCCAGAAGGACCAGAAGGCUGUACAGGAAGUGGCGGUGUGGUUACGGGAGUACAGAGCUGUGCUGAAGGAGCGGUUGAUGGCCACGCCUCAAGAGGAGAGGGAGCGCAGGAGACUGGGGCAUGAAGCGAGAAACAGACAACAACAUAAUGAAGAGCUCCUUCAAAUGCUGGAGGGGAAAGUGAAAGCGGCGACUGAACACCGAGAUACGACAAUCUGUAAGAAGGACAAAGAGAUCGAGCGAAUAAAAGACUCCCUCCAUCAGAUGCAGACGGAGUGGGAGCAGACCAUGGCGCAGGUGCAGAAGAAGACUGAGGAGCAGCACCAAUUAGAUCUGAAGAACUCCGAGGUCAAACGGCUUCAGCUUCUGGAAGAAGGAAAUCAGCUGCGAACUCAGCUUGAAAACCUGACCAAGCAGCACAGAGAGAAGGAGGCCACAUUGCUGAAGAAAAACAACAAGUUGGAAACCGAGAUCGAAAACUGGAUUCAGAAGUACGACGCGGAAAUGGAAGAGAAACAGGAGAGGGUGGAGCAGAUGCGUGAGAUGUACGAGGAGGAGCGGGCGAAGCUACGUGAGCUGCAGGACCUCUUCUCCGUGCUGGAGCUGGAGUACACGCAGAUCAUGGAGGAGAAACGGAGGGAGCGCGAGCAAAAAGAGAAAGAGGAACAAGAGAGAGAGAUGAGGAACAAAGCCAGCGUGGUCAUCCAGGCAUUGUGGAGAGGAUACCGUCUCCGCAAGGCCUUGAAGAACCAAAGCCAAACCAAGAAGGGCAAGAAGGGGAAGAAGGGGACGAAAGGGAAGAAGAAGAAGUGAAGGCGAGGAGAAACCUGGAAAGCUGAAGGCCAUUUAAUCGCUUCUGCAACGUCGGAGUCACAGUCACCCAGAAACUGAAAGUACUGAUAAUAAAUCACUGCUUCUUUA